AUGGAGUCUGGUUCAGAGAAAAAAUUUCCUCUCAACGCAAAAGACUACAAGUUACAUGAAGAAAUUGGAGAUGGUGUCAGUGCCACUGUGCACAGAGCUUUGUGUAUACCGCUUAAUGAGGUUGUGGCUAUCAAGGUCCUUGAUCUGGAAAAGUGCAACAACGAUCUGGAUGGGAUUCGGAGAGAGGUGCAAACAAUGAGUCUGAUCAACCAUCCAAAUGUGUUACAAGCUCAUUGCUCAUUUACCACUGGGCACCAGCUAUGGGUUGUGAUGCCUUACAUGGCUGGAGGAUCCUGUCUCCAUAUAAUAAAGUCGUCUUAUCAAGAUGGAUUUGAGGAACCUGUUAUCGCCACUUUACUCCGUGAGACUCUGAAAGCUCUUGUAUAUCUUCAUGCUCAUGGGCAUAUCCAUAGGGAUGUGAAGGCUGGAAACAUUUUAUUGGAUUCCAAUGGUGCCGUUAAGUUAGCAGACUUUGGAGUAUCAGCUUGCAUGUUUGAUACAGGAGAUAGACAACGUUCUAGAAAUACAUUCGUUGGGACUCCAUGCUGGAUGGCUCCUGAAGUCAUGCAGCAACUACAUGGAUAUGAUUUCAAAGCAGAUGUAUGGUCAUUUGGAAUAACGGCACUUGAAUUGGCACAUGGUCAUGCCCCAUUUUCCAAGUAUCCGCCAAUGAAAGUUUUGCUGAUGACCUUACAAAAUGCACCUCCCGGACUUGACUACGAGAGAGACAAAAGAUUCUCAAAAGCCUUCAAGGAAAUGGUGGGUACUUGCCUAGUGAAGGACCCCAAGAAGCGUCCAACUUCAGAAAAGCUUUUAAAGCACCCUUUUUUCAAGCAUGCACGUCCAGCUGAUUACCUGGUUCGGACAAUUCUAAAUGGUCUUCCUCCAUUAGGUGAACGCUAUAGAACAAUAAAGUCAAAGGAAGCUGAUCUUCUAAUGCAAAACAAAUCUGAAUACGAAGCGCACUUAUCACAGCAAGAAUACAUAAGGGGAAUAAGUGCCUGGAAUUUCAAUCUCGAGGACCUAAAGAAUCAGGCUGCCCUUAUUUCGGAUGAUGAUAGUUCACACACAGAAGAGCCCGAUUUCAACAGAAAGCAAUGUGAAAGACAGGAUGAAUCUGCUCUUUCCCCUGAAAGGGCUAGCAGCUCAGCAACAGCACCCAGUCAAGAUGACGAGCUGAACGAUAUUCAUGAUUUAGAGAGUUCUUUCGCCUCAUUUCCAAUCAAACCUCUUCAAGCACUCAAGGGCUGCUUUGAUGUCAGCGAGGACGAGGAUAAUGCAACUACUCCUGAUUGGAAAGAUGCAAACCUAAUGAAUUCUGGACAACAGCUUUUAACAAAGGCUUCCAUUGGAUCUCUGGCCCAUACCACGAAAGAAGAGGACACUGCCGCACAAAACACUUCUUUACCACGUCAGGUCUUUCCUGAACAGAAAAAAUAUUUGAGCGGUUCAGUUAUACCAGAGAGUACUUUCUCUCCAAAAAGAAUCACAUCUGAUGCUGACAGGGAGUUUCAACAACGCAGAUUUCCAACAGAUCGGACCUUAAGUGGAUCAUUGUAUCGCCCAAAGAGAGAUUACGUGGAAGAGACGACAGAAGCCCCCCAUGUGGAGCACAAGGGGCGUUUUAAGGUCACAUCAGCAGAUCUGAGUCCCAAGGGAUCUACAAACUCAUUCACACCGUUUAGUGGUGGUUCAAGCAGCCCGAGCUCCCUCAAUGCUACGACCGCCUCAAUCCUCCCAUCAAUUCAGUCCAUUUUGCAGCAAAACGCCAUGCAACGGGACGAGAUUUUGAGACUAAUCAAAUACGUGGAGCAAACCUCUGUCAAGCAACCUGGAUCACCCGAGACAAGCAUCGAUGAGCUAUUGCAGACCCCUCCUGCAACGCCGCGCGAGAGAGAACUUCAGUCCCAAGUCAUGCUACUACAACAAAGCUUUUGGAGCCUAACAGAAGAACUAAAGAAACAGAAGCAGAAGAAUGGGCAGUUGGAGAAUCAGUUAAAUGCAUUAACACACAGAAACGACUGA